CAUUCCGCUCCCUGCCUCUCUUACACAUCCUCUUCCUUCUUCUACCCCAACACCACACUUGAAAGAUGAAGACCGCCUGCAUGGCUCUCGCUUGCGCCGCCUCGGCCAACGCCUUCGUGGCCCCCAGUUGCGCGCCUUCAACGGUGCCGCCGUGGCCACCCAGGCCAAGUCCUCCUCGGCCAUGAAGAUGUCGUUCGAGUCGGAGAUCGGCGCGCAGCCCCCUCUCGGGUUCUGGGACCCGCUCGGCCUCCUGGCCGACGCUGACCAGGAGCGGUUCGAGCGCCUCCGCUACGUGGAGGUGAAGCACGGACGCAUUGCUAUGCUCGCCAUCGCCGGCCACCUGACGCAGCAGAACACCCGGCUCCCCGGCAUGCUCUCGAACUCGGCCAACCUGUCCUUCGCCGACAUGCCCAACGGUGUGGCCGCCCUCUCCAAGAUCCCCCCGGCGGGCCUCGCCCAGAUCUUCGCGUUCAUCGGCUUCCUCGAACUGGCUGUGAUGAAGAACGUGGAGGGCUCCUUCCCCGGUGACUUCACCCUCGGCGGCAACCCCUUCGGCUCCUCGUGGGACGCCAUGUCGGAAGAGACCCAGGAGUCGAAGCGCGCGAUCGAGCUCAACAACGGCCGCGCCGCGCAGAUGGGCAUCCUCGCCCUCAUGGUGCACGAGGAGCUCAACAACAAGCCCUACGUGAUCAACGACCUCGUCGGUGCCUCGUACACCUUCAACUAAAAACCUUGCGUUUUACUUUACGCGUUGUUGCAGUUUAGGAACGCGUAAGCCAGCCCUGGUGUCUGUAAACCUGUCUUGUCCGUAAGAAUUUUUGUUCCUGGAACCUGCGUUUUUCGACCGUUUUGGCCCCCCGUCCUUGCCGCAUGGCCUCUUAAUAUUGAAGUUUUGCCACUCGUUAAUUGGUGAUUGUUCUCAGUCGCCAACCUCGGGGUCUUGUUUUUCUGAGCGUACGGAAGGGGCUGUCGAAUCUGUGGGAACGGAAUUAGAGUUUUUGUAGAUGGAAGAGGUGUGGAGGGAGCACAUGAUGAAGUUUUUUUUGGCGUAGCCAUUUUUGUAGGAAAAACGAUCCUUGACACUGAGUUAGGAUUUUUAGAUUAGACGUUAUUAUGUGUCCGACAUGUUUUAAAAUGGAGGUUCUGGAGGUUGUUCUUUGCGACUGCAAGCGGCUUCCAUCUAUUUGUUGGCUUCGCAUCUGUGACUUUUGACGAAAAAGAAGAGAUUUUUCUCACUGCACCUGAGAUGUAGUUGUGUAUCUUGUAGCCUCCAAAUUUUCACAGCUGGGGUGACGGCACACAUGGACCGUGCAGACGGCAUGUUGACUUCCCUCACGCAAAGUCCCGACACGUCGAGCCGUGUUUGGCAGCGUUGACAUUCUCAACACUCGUUGGUGUGAGGAUGCGGAUUAUGCACCGCGCACGCACGAUUUGCGUGCGUUAGCAUGAUCUCGACGCGCGCACAACAUGCGCUUAGCUGCUGGCUUCCUACGUGUUUGUUCCUGUUCCCAGCUUCAAAUCCGUCACGUCGAGCCGUGUCCAGCAGCGUACGUAUUCAAUCGUAACACGAGCUUGUGAAGGCAUGAUGAUGCACCAGCCCUCAUGAAUGGUACACAACGUCCAUGGGGUACAAGGCCACACGGUUGUAUGUAGUACACAUUAUUUGUAUGGUACGGUUCCAUAGACUUCAGAUUUUUGCAUCACGGCACCAUUGUGCAC